CACGUAUCUCAACGCGCUCCAAACAAAACAAACGGGGCGUAAGAAAAAGAGAGUUUUUGCAGCAGCGGCCGCCAUUUCUGUUUGGCUUCGUCCCCUCCCCCAUUUCUAUACUUUUUGGAGACAUAUUUUUUGCCACUGAGAAGAAGAGUGUGGUGAUGCAGCAGAAAGGGAGGCUCACAAACCGUCGAUCCAGAAGCUUUUCCAGGUCCCGUAUCGCCAUUCAGGGGUACUAGCCUCGUAGGCAGCAGUAUAAUUAUUGUUCCCCCCCAAACUCUCGGAGAAAAAUUUUCACCUCCACAUUUCUCGAUCUCGCUUGUAAACGAGAAACAACCGGGGAAAAAGCACCGCGAGAUCAGCAAUGGCGGCCAAUGGCGCAGUACCUGUGGUGGAACGUGAAGUUCAGAAGAACUACUGGAUGGAGCAUUCCGUUGAUCUGACGGUGGAGUCCAUGAUGCUCGACUCAAAAGCCUCUGACCUCGACAAAGAAGAAAGACCUGAGGUACUUUCUCUGCUCCCACCGUAUGAAGGGAAAUCAGUUCUGGAACUUGGAGCUGGCAUUGGCCGUUUUACUGGACAGAUAGCUAACAAGGCUGGCCAAGUCAUUGCUUUGGAUUUCAUUGAUAGCGUGAUCAAGAAGAAUGAGGAUAUCAAUGGUCACUUUAAGAAUGUCAAGUUCAUGUGUGCUGAUGUAACAUCACCAGACCUCAACUUUUCAGAAGGAUCCAUGGAUUUGAUUUUCUCCAACUGGCUGCUUAUGUAUCUCUCAGAUGCUGAGGUGGAAACCCUGGCUCAAAGAAUGGUGAAGUGGCUAAAACCUGGCGGGUUUAUUUUCUUUAGGGAGUCCUGCUUCCAUCAAUCUGGAGAUAGCAAAAGGAAAAGUAACCCGACUCACUACCGCGAGCCAAGGUUCUACACGAAGGUAUUUAUGGAGAGCCAUAUGCAUGAUGAUGCUGGAAAUCCCUAUGAGCUCUCUUUCAUCGGAUGCAAAUGCAUUGGAGCGUACGUGAGGAACAAAAAGAACCAAAAUCAGAUUUGUUGGAUAUGGCAGAAGGUCCAGUCGCAGGAUGAUAAAGGAUUCCAGCAAUUCUUGGACAAUGUUCAGUACAAGUCCAAUGGAAUUCUACGUUAUGAACGUGUAUUUGGGCAAGGUUUUGUGAGCACUGGAGGCCUAGAAACAACAAAGGAGUUUGUGGCAAGGUUGGAUCUGAAACCUGGUCAGAAGGUUCUAGACGUUGGCUGUGGUAUUGGUGGAGGUGAUUUCUACAUGGCUGAGACCUUUGAUGUUGAGGUGGUUGGGAUUGACCUCUCAAUCAACAUGAUCUCGUUUGCUCUGGAGCGUGCUAUUGGACUCAAAUGCGCAGUUGAAUUUGAGGUUGCUGAUUGUACCAAGAAGACAUACCCAGAUAACUCCUUCGAUGUUAUCUAUAGCCGUGACACCAUUCUCCAUAUUCAGGACAAACCAGCACUGUUUAGGGCAUUCUUCAAGUGGCUGAAGCCUGGAGGCAAAGUUCUCAUCAGCGAUUACUGCAAGAGCGCUGGAACUGCUUCACCUGAAUUUGCAGAGUAUAUUAAGCAGAGAGGAUAUGAUCUUCAUGACGUGAAAGCAUAUGGCCAGAUGCUUAAAGAUGCUGGUUUUCAAGAGGUCGUAGCUGAAGACCGCACAGAUCAGUUUAACCAAGUUCUGGUGCGGGAACUGGAUGCUAUAGAGAAAGAGAAGAAUGCAUUCAUUCAGGACUUUUCUCAAAAAGAUUAUGACGAUAUAGUCGGCGGAUGGAAGUCGAAGCUUGUCAGGAGCUCUGCCGGCGAGCAGCGAUGGGGCCUGUUCAUUGCCAAGAAGUAAUUUCCUGGCCAGCCAGUCAGUCCGCUCCUUUGUCCUAUCAGUCAAGACAUCAGUUUAGCCAGUGAUAGUGAAUCCCUCUACUGUGUUCUUAGUCACUCUCUGUGUCGGAAUAAGAUCCACCCUUCCUUUCUGCUGCUAUUAAGCUCACUCUGAGGUUAACGUGCUCGUUGAAGACUUGAAACUAGUGUUGAAUUCGCAAGUUGCUGCUGCAUUGUGAUUCUAGUCUCCCAAGACAUAGUUCUUUUAAGUUCAAAUAUUGUAGCAUUAUGAUUGUUUUGUACUCUCUUGAACAAUUCUCUUGUUUUCUGUCAAAUGGUUUGAAGUUUGAACUGUCUCCUAUUCUGAACACUCGCAAGAACAUUCCAAAUCAAUACAUUAAAGAUCAGUAAUGGCCGGAACGCCUUCGUUAGUUCUUCACACCACAGCUUCAUCUGCGAACUACAUACUGUCCCACCAUUAAGGGUAGGGAUGUGAAUUCGAAAUGGACGACGGACGAAAGCCAAUUACUUCAAAUCCAAACUUAUCUAAGCCUCAUAACACGAUUUAACAAGUUAAGGAACAUGCACCGCACUCCUACCAUCACUUUUUCUCUCACCAGGGUAUCAGCAUUCUUGAUCCGUUUUGACUCUCAAGGCUAUCUGGGAUCCGCUCAAGCCUUCCAGGACUCCCCCUUCAUAUAUCUAACCAUACUGGCCCAAAGAAUAAUGAGGUAAACCCUAAAAUGGAACAUGACAGAGCCCUCCAUGUCAGUCAGAGAAAGGGAUGUGGAGAAGCAUAUAACAGAUGGCACUCACAGGGUUUAAUGCAAGCAUCUUUGGUUCCUGGAAAGAUUCCGGCAGCCGCAGCAUAUUACUCCAAAGCUGGAUGUUGGCAUUCUGUCUUGUUGUUUCUCCCAACAACUAAUAGUUGUCAGAUAUCUGACAGCGUAUCUUUGCUUUGGCUUAUUUCAGAAAAUGGAUGGGUGCCUGGCUUCUUAAGCUCUGUAGCAAAUUCAUAUGCCAUAUAGAUUCGUAUUCUUUGGCAUUCUUUUAGUUAUAGGUAUUUCAGCAAAGUGUUGCUAGGUUAACCUGCAUGAGUAACAUGGAAUAAGAAAUUGUAUCUGAGUGA